AUGCAUGACAGGAAAGGGGCGGGGCACUGGGUUACUCUGCCCUGGAAAGGAGGUUGGAAAGGAGGUGUGAGAAAAAUAGCCUUUUUUCCCCUGGGGAAAGGCCUCCAGACUCCUAACCCCCAAAGCAGCACCUUUCUCAGCCUCUCCCGACCCAGUACCGGAGCCGGCGGCCCGGAGUACCGCUCCCUACGCUCCUGGAGCCGCCGCCAGCCUCCCGGACCCCAGUCACAGCAGCCAACCUCGCCCUCGGCUUCCACUGUAAACCCAGCCGCCCGCACCCGGCCCACUCCAACCUGCCGGCCCUUGAGACGUCCACCGAGAGUUGAGGAGAAGAGCUACAAGAGCGAGCGAGCGACGCUCCGCUCCCUCCGCCUACUCAACCGGAUCCCUCCGGUACUAGGUGUAAGGCGGCAGCUCCACCGGCUGCGCCUACCAGAGCCGCCCGGGCAGGUUGCAGGCCGGCUCUUUAGCUGCUUCUCGCGAGACUUCGCACUAGGAAGAGGGGAGGCGAAGCGAGUUCUCGCGCGAAGGGCGGCGCUCCUCCCACAGUGGGCGUGGCGCCGGGGCACGGGGUGGCUGAGUAGUGUUUCAGGGUCUCCGCUGGCAGUGCUGUGCUUUAGUUUGCCUGUGGACUUUGCGUUCGGCAGUCAGCCGGGACGGGUCUCAGGCCACCUCCACACCCGUGAGCACAUCCUCACUCCACGCUUCCUGUCACCUUUAGGGAAAAACGGACAGCGUCUCCGGGCCAGUAAAAGCAGUGCCUGGGAGACUUCUAGGAGAGCGUUUCUCUCAGCAGAGCGAACGCCCGGGUCGCCUCCCCCACGCGGGGUCAGCGAGCAGGCUGGUCUGAGAGGACAUUUCCUGAGAGGAUUAACUGAAGAGAGUACCUUCCUCCAGCAGCUGAGAUGUAAAAUGAUCUGAGAGGAAAGCAGGACUGUGCUCAUCUUUGCUUCCUGUUGGUGUACCUAUAGUGUACUUCUCCUGUUACUGCUGCCAUCCCUAAUUGACACAGGACAUUUCCAACCCUCUAAUGUGGAUGAAAGGCCUGCAGCUCUCCAAGAAUCCUGUACACAAUCAGCACCAUGUUGGUAUUGCUGAAGCACCCAGCCUGCUACACUGAACAGCUAACCAGUUUUUCAGUCAUCCCAGUGUACUGACAGCCAUUUCUAGACUUCUUUAAUGCUAAAGGGUUGUAGAACUUUCCCACAAGCUCCUGCCAAGUUAAAGAGAACCCAGCUCCAAAGCAUGCCACUAAGGGCCUAGCUCUCAGAAUUUUUGGAGGGAGCCUCACCAAGUUCCCUAUGAAAGACAAAAGCAGGUUCAGUUACAGUAGCAGCCCCAGUAUGAAUUACCUAGUACUUAACAUAUAAACAAAUCUAAUAAAUUCCUUUUCUUAGUAUUAUAA